AUGUCGUUCAACUUGCCUCCCAAACCAGCAUCGCCAGGUUUCCCCAUUUCGACCCUCUCAACAUCUUCAGACGAAUCACCUGGUCCUCUUUCUUUUGCUUUUGCACCCGCCAUCAACAUUUACAAUCGAUUUUGGUCAUGGCGCACGUCGCUCGACCUCCCCAACCCGGGGAGCGUCGAGAACCUGCAAAAAGAGAUUAAAUCCACGCAACUCACAAAUUUCAUGUUCGACGGUCUACGCGCCGACUACACCAAAGCGUUUUCUCACAAACCCGCGUUCACUAUUUCGCAUGCUUUUACGCUCGCGUCGCAGACUCAGGACCCGACAUACACGCUCUCUUCAAUCUACUACAGAAACGUCGAUCAUGAAGGAAACGGAGGACGCUUGACCCACCAGUGGACGCCGUCCCACGACAAAGGGCCAAUUGCAGGUCAGCCUAUCGCCUCUCUUGGUAGCGCACCAGAUCGAAGCUUUCUUCAGCUCGAGCACGAAAACUCUGGGGUCGACUAUUGCCUAAACCUCAAAGCCAUCAACCCAUCGCCAAUCGACGGCUCGGGCAUCUACUCUGCAAGUCUCUUGCAAUCCGUCUCCAAGCGUCUCGCACUCGGCAUAGAGACCAACUUUCAAAGCGCACCCGACGGUUCAGAUACGCUGACGACUUGGCACGCCAAAUACACUGGCCGACAAAACGACUGGAUUGCCACGGCUAGCUUCCACACGCUCGGGCUUUUACAAGCGUCGUAUUGGCACAAGUUGAGCCCUCAAGUCGAGGUUGCGGCCGACUUGCAGCUCAUUGCGACGCCCAUGAAGAGACGCCGUGGCGCAGUGGGAGCCAAGUGGGAUCUACGAUUGAGCUCGUUCAAGGCUCAGUUGGACUCGACAGGAGAGAUUGACCAUUUCAAGAAUACGGCAAAGGUCAGGAUGGGCAUUAUGCUCGAGGCCAAUGCGGCUCCCUACGACGAGGAGAUGAUGGCAUCGCUACCACCACAACUAUAG